AUGUCCCGUGUUGAUGAAGCACGCUUGUAUAAUUGGAACGCGGGCCUAGAGAAGCGAGCUGCUGCGGUUCGCUCUGCUAGAUCGAAGCUUGAAGACAAAAAAGCUGCCUGUAUUCAACUGGAGGCUUCUUUAGUUGAACUUGCCAACGAAAAUGAUGCUAGUGAACGCCUCUUGGUUCAAAAAGAGCACUAUAUUGCGUCUCGCAAAGCUGCACUUGAGCAAGUCAAUACGGAGCGCAGCGCUCAACGAAGCUCGUUGGAUGGAGUGAGAAAGAAAAUGGUUAUCGAUGUGGAGCGAAUGGAAAACGCCUUGGACAAUGACUGGCGUGCACUUGAGGAUGAUGAAAAAGCAGCAGAGUUGGGCCAUCAUCAACGAAUGAACCGGAUUCAGCAGCAGUUGGAUAACCUUGGAAAUCAAGAAAGCGACCUUGUUGAAAAACUUCGACAACUUCAGAAUUCCGAGUUAGGGGUAGCUAACCUUUUACGCCAGCUGAAGCAAAAGGAGGAUCAUUUGAGGUCAUUGUCAGAGGCAACAUUGCAGCAAAUGAGAAGCGAGUUACAAGAACGUGAGGCACUUUUGAACCAGUAG